AUGGCCUUCUACAGUUAUAAAACAGUCUUAGCUAUUGCCCGGACAAGAUUCCCUAGCCAUUUUGUCCAGCCUACCAGUUCUUCUUACUCCCCAUCAUUUGCAUUUCUUCACUUGCCAGAUUCCCAUUUAAACAAAACCUAUAUGAAGAACUAUGGAAGCAGAAAGUACUCCUAUCCAAGUCAGUCAGGCAAUAAAGUACUUCAUUUACGAGCCAAAAUCUUCCAAGAGCUGCACACAUCGACUUGCUGGUUGCAGGAUGUCCCCAGUAAACAUCAGCAGGAGCAAACAGCAAAGAAGCCUCAGGUGCCAAGCCCUCAGCCCAUGGAAGAAGCAGGCUUGAAGAUUAAGGAAGGAAAGCGAUCUUAUAGACAAAUAAUUAUGGAUGAACUGAAAUAUUAUUACAGUGGAUUCUAUUUGCUUUGGAUUGACACAAAAGUUGCUGCCAGGAUGGUUUGGAGGCUGUUGCAUGGACAGGUGCUGACCAGACGAGAGAGAAGAAGGCUGCUGAGAACCUGUGCUGAUUUCUUCCGCCUGGUUCCAUUCAUGGUGUUCAUCAUUGUCCCCUUCAUGGAAUUCUUAUUGCCAGUGUUUCUGAAACUUUUCCCAGAGAUGUUGCCAUCAACUUUUGAAAGUGAAUCCAAAAAGGAAGAAAAACAGAGAAAGAAAAUGGCUGCAAAGUUGGAACUAGCGAAAUUCCUUCAAGAAACGAUUACAGAAAUGGCAAAGAGGAACAGAGCCCAGCUGGGGGACACCUCAACCCAGUUCUCCUCCUACGUCAAACAGGUCCAGACAGGCCACAAGCCCAGCAUCAAGGAGAUUGUUCAAUUUUCCAAACUCUUUGAGGAUCAGCUGACCCUGGAGCACCUCAACCGACCCCAGCUGGUGGCCCUUUGCAAACUGCUGGAACUGCAGUCCUUUGGAACCAACAAUCUGCUUCGCUUCCAGCUACUGAUGAGGCUGAAGUCUAUAAAAGCAGAUGAUGAGGUAAUUGCCAAGGAAGGGGUGAAUGCCCUGAGUGUGUCGGAGCUCCAAGCCGCCUGCAGGGCCAGAGGGAUGCUGUCACUGGGUCUCACUGAGGGGCAGCUGAGACAGCAGCUCACAGAGUGGCAGGACCUCCACCUGAAGGAGAAUGUCCCGCCUUCUCUUUUGCUGCUGUCCCGGACCUUCUACCUGAUAGAUGUGAAGCCGAAGCCCAUUGAGAUACCGCUCAGUGGGGAGGCGCGAAAGACAGAUAUUCCCCUGGGAUCACCCACUCCCCCUGAAUCUAAAGAGAACAUGGCUGGUUUAGCACCUCAACUGAAGGGAACUAAGGAUGAAGAAUGGAUACAGCUGCCGUCAGUUACAUCAUCACUCACACCACCAUCAAAGUCUAUUUCAUUACCUAAAGAAUCCAUCACUUCUGCUAAAGAAGAUUCCCUAAAGUCCUUAUGUUUUUGUACCCCAAUACUCCAGGCGAAAUCAGAAAAGACAACCCAGAACAGCAAGGCUAGCUCGAAUGGAGCAUAA